AUGUCCAAUACAACAUUGGAUGAAAAAGACUGCGGUCAGUGGCAGUUGAUGUUCACUAAAAUUAACGCAUAUUUUCGGGAUGAAAUUGUUUUGAAAGGUACCGAUCACGCAUCCGUUGAGUUAGGUCGCUUAAUAACGUUAGCGUAUUGUUUUGUGAUUGUAUUUGGUGCUUUCGGUAAUAUGCUAACAAUACUGGCUGUUAUUCGAAACGUACAAAUGCGUACAACGAGGAAUUUUUUCAUUUUGAAUUUGGCACUAUCCGAUUUUUUUAUGUGCACUGUAACGGCACCGAUCACGCUUUAUACAGUUCUGUAUAUAUUUUGGCCAUUCGGCACAACAACAUGUAAAAUUGCUGGUUCACUUCAAGGAUUCGGUAUAUUCUUGUCAACAUUUUCAAUAGCUGCAAUCGCAUUGGAUCGGUAUGUUCUAAUAAUAUUUCCAACAAAACGUAAACGUCAACAUAAUCUUUCUCUACUGUUCUUCUCGCUAAUAUGGCUCAUUUCAAUCGCAUUAGCACUACCGUUAUUAAUUGCAUCUGAUUUGAACACGAUAUUCGAAGAUGAAAAUUGUGGUAUAUCGUUGAAGAUUUGUCAUGAAAAGAAUGAAAUUUGGCAGCAGGUCAAAGCGUAUACAUUGGCUGUCCUUGUCACACAAUACGCUCUACCGUUGGUUUCGAUCGUGUUUGUGUAUUCUCGAAUUGCACAUCGGAUGCAUGGUCGUUUCAUGAAUCGUAUGAAUUCGGCCGCGAAUGCACCGACCGCAGUGAUGAGUCAACGACGACGAUCGGUGUUCGAACGGCAACGACGUACGCAUUUGUUGUUGGUUUGUGUGGUUAUUGUUUUUGCGGUCGCUUGGCUACCUUUGAACGUAUUCCAUGUGCUGAACACAUUCGGUAUUGUGAAAGGCUUUUCUGUACCGAUAUUUGCGCUAUGUCACGUCAUUGCAAUGUGUUCGGCGUGCUUGAAUCCCCUUUCAUACGCAUUCUUCAAUUAUAAUUUCCGACAGCAAUUCGUCAUCAUGUUCCAACAAAUUGGUCUUAGGUAUGUUUGCAAGUAA